AUGACUCUACAGAAGUCUAACCUUCCAAAAUGGAGUGACGUAGGGACAGCCACAACAACAGCAGCAACAACAUGUGAAACAACAGUAACAUCAACAACAACUUCAAUAUUAACAUCAACAACAACAGUAACAUCAACAGCAAUUUCAACAUUAACAUCAACAACAAAAAUACCAGCAAAAACAAAAUAUCCAUCAUCCUCAGUGUCUGACCCAGCAGUUUCAACUAGUCUAAGAGACUACCAAACUCAACCGGCAAAGGAUUCCUUUACAUUUGGUCCAUGGUUGUCUUUGCCAGCCGUGGCACUUGUAGUGGGCCUGUUCCUGGUGGUCCUCACGGCCUCAUGUCUCUGCUCCAAGAGGCAUAAACACACAAGAUCACAGAAUGCCACCUAUUGGAGAAGUGAUUCCAUCAGAUUUGGUCCAAAUGAGAUCAAGCAGCCGAAUACAGGGGGUGAUGGGUCUCUCCUUGGCCUCUCGGAAAUCUCAGGCAGUGAUCUGAAAAAAGACUCGGAGCAGGAUGUGUCCAACCCGUGUCAUGUGUACAGCACCAUUCCUGACACACUGGACGUUUCCACCCAGCAGAACCCCACCUACAGCUUAGCACAGGCAGAAAGGGACCCACACACCAGCCAGCAGGGCCCCACCUACAGCUUAGCACAGGCAGGAAGGGACCCACACACCACCCAGCAGAACCCCACCUACAGCUUAGCACAGGCAGGAAGGGACCCACACACCAGCCAGCAGGGCAUGACCUACAGCUUUCUGCAGUAGUGAAACAGCCUGCAAGAAUAAGAUGAAAACCUUAUGGCCAAGACAGACAACCUAGAGACACAUGUGCAGAAUGAAUGUAGACAUAUGAUAUCAUUUGGAUCCUAUGGUAAAAUAUUCAUAUAACAUAUAUAAGAUUCCUUAUAACAAAUUACAGUUAAUAUGUUGCUAGCACGUGGUCUUGUUU